AAUGCCCUAUUCUCUGAAUUUCCCCAGCCAGGCGAGGUAGGUAGAGAAAGCAGAGUGUGGCAAUAAAGGGGUUAAUCCACGGAGCACAGAGCCAUCUGGCUGAGCUGGUUUGUUAUAAUCGAGCAGAUUAUGUUCACGGGACUCAGAGUUUAAGGCUCCUCUCCCAUAGAGUAACUCUGCACAACCCAAGCAGACCAACUUUGGGACUUUGAAUGAACGUAUUUACAUCCACCUUUCUCUUCAUGUCGACUUUUCUGGAAACAUUCACACGGAUGCCAUGGUUACUCCUACCACGAUCUUACAGGUGAACAAGGUGAUGUCCAUCUUGUUUUAUGUGAUAUUUCUCGCUUAUCUUCGUGGCAUCCAGUCUACCAACAUGGAUCAAAGGAGUUUGCCAGAAGAUUCAAUAAAUUCUCUUAUUAUCAAACUUAUCCAAGCAGACAUUUUAAAAAACAAGCUUUCCAAGCAGAUGGUAGAUAUUAAGGAAAACUAUCAAAACACGGCGCAGAAAGCAGACACUCAGCAAGACAUGGACGGAGAGGAAAAUGUGAAAUCAGACUUCCAGCCAGUUAUCUCAGUGGAUACAGAUCUCUUGAGGCAGCAGAGACGCUACAACUCUCCCCGAGUCCUCUUGAGUGACAACACGCCGCUGGAGCCGCCGCCGCUGUACCUCAUGGAGGAUUAUAUUGGGAAUUCCGUGGUGAACAGAACCUCCCGGAGGAAGAGGUACGCGGAGCACAAGGGCCACCGAGGGGAAUAUUCCGUUUGUGACAGUGAAAGUUUGUGGGUCACGGACAAAUCCUCUGCCAUCGACAUCAGAGGACACCAGGUAACUGUUCUGGGAGAAAUUAAAACGGGCAACUCUCCAGUUAAGCAAUACUUUUAUGAAACGAGGUGUAAAGAAGCCAAGCCCGUGAAAAACGGCUGCCGUGGCAUCGAUGACAAGCACUGGAAUUCCCAAUGCAAGACAUCCCAAACUUAUGUUAGAGCACUGACUUCAGAAAACAACAAACUGGUAGGCUGGAGAUGGAUAAGGAUAGACACCUCCUGCGUGUGCGCGUUGUCGAGGAAAAUAGGAAGAACAUAAAUCUGCAUCUCUUUGCUAUAUAAAUUAUUACUUUAAAUUAUAUGAUAUGCAUGUAGCAUAUAAAUGUUUAUAUUGUUUUAUAUAUAUUAUAAGUUGACCUUAUUUAUUAAACUUCAGCAAAUCUACAGUAUAUAAGCUUUCUCUCUCAAUAAACAAGAGCAAAGGGUGUGUGCCUCUGCUGUGGGCAGCUCCAGGUUUUUUUUAGACUAUGUUUGUGACACUGCUUGUCGGCAGCAUACCGUAACCUUCCUGUAAAAUCUGUGUAAAAUCAGUAUUUUUCAUUCAGUAUUGUCAAACCAGUGACUGUCAUUUAGUAAACUUGUUAAAAAUCAGAUCAAUGCCAAGAGUUGUGUACAUAUUUAUAUUCCCUGCUCUAUACAUUCACAUUUAAUUGGAUGCAAUGUUAACUCCUCACCGCCAAAACAAACAUGGACCAAAGUACGUGCUGUAGCCUGCAGAUGAUGUCAAAUUUACAGACAUCAGGUAGCCCUAAAAUAAAGUUUCUGUGUAUUAUGCCAGUUUUGCCAGUGAAAUUACCAUUUUUCCUCUGUUAGCAUUUCAGGAUGGCUGCUAAUAAUCCAGCAACUUCCGUUUAUGUUUCUGAAGCACAUUUGUUUUGCAACUGUUUCUAAUGCUGCCAGUGCAUCAUUGAACAAAUAUGAAAAAAUAUAAAAUAUUUGUAGCUGAAACCUACUGAAGCCAAGGACCAAUCUAAACGGAUCAUUAAUAUAAUACAUGAAAGAUGGUUUAUUAUGAUCAGCCUCCUUCUCCUCACAUGAAUCAUUAUCUUCUGCUUGCAUUGCUGGAUCGUUUCUCUCUGUCAGAGUUUUUAAAUUGGAAACAAAGCUGGUGGUGUCUCGACCUGAAAAGAGCCCUUGGCUUGGAAAUUGUAGAAAAGAAAGAUACGAUAUCCUGGCAUGGAUAUCAAAGCCACACACCCAUACAAAGCCAUUCUUCUCAACAAUCCAUUCUUCAUUUUUCACAGGGUGAAAAAUGUUUAGAACUGCUGGAGAAACCUGGUACCUUUCACAGGAACUUGAAAUGGAUGGUGACUAAAAUCCACAGAGUCUGUAGGAAUAAUGAAGUUCCUCAAUUAAACAGAUUUGUUGCUUAGGACAGACAAAUGUACUUGCAAAUAUAUACCUCAAACUCUUCUUUGGAUUGUUAUGUAGCUCCACUGGGGACAGGAAUAAUGACACUACUUGAAGAGAAGGUCUAUUGCACGCUAGCUGUGUAAUGCUCUGGAUGGGAUCCCACUCCCAUAAAAUAAAGGAGAGUCCAUGGCUAUCAACAGAAUUAAGAUUGGACUGCAUGUUAUCUGUGUCCGGAUAGAUCUAACACCCAGAAAGGGCUGGAAAACACCAACCACUCAAACAGCUUUACAGCUGUAGUGUCUGAAGGUUUUCCACCCUGGCUUUCACUGCGUGUUCAGCAUCACAAGUGAAAAUGAGAUCAGAGCACUCAAACCCGAGGUUUCAGGAUUCUUUUGUUCAUGCAGCUUUCACUCCUGGAAAACCAACUUCAAACCUGCAGCAGGCCAUGACAGGCAGCAAAUUGUGUGGUCUUCCCUAAUCCCUUACAGAGAGCGUUACACACCAUAAAACCACCGGAGAACCAGACAGGUUGCCCAUGAGGCCAAGCACUGGAAUAGUUGUGUCUCUGGAAGCCAGGCUGGAGCGUGUAGGUGGUGUUUCUGCAGGAGAGGCCAUAAGCAAGGUUUCUGAGAACCAUCUCAAUUCUCAGCAUGAGGCCAGGGUAUUUACCUCCCAGGAAAUAUCAUCACCUUGCAGUACUAAAUCCUUACUUUGCUUCAAGCAAUAAGAACUUCAGAGGUUCCAUACCAAGGCAAUCGUUAAAAUGAGAGGAUGUAAUAUAACAAGGAACUCAGUAUCUGAUAGAUCUGACUAGAAUAUUUCCAGUUUUCUCAUUCCCUGGCAAACAUUAAAAAAAAAAAAAAUCCCCCACAGAGAUUUUGCUAGUUUUACUAGUAGGAAAGCUUAAAUUUCAACUAAAAUUUUUUAGCUUGAGGGUAAAAGCAUAUUUUUCAGAGUCUUGCCCCACUGGAUUUUUUUUGCAAGUUAAAAGCUUAAUUUUGCACCCUGAAUUCCCAAAUAAAGAUCAUUUGCAGAUGUUUGGAGUAAUUGAGAGCUGAUAUUGUCAUGGAUCAUUAAGUUUAGAAAUCUUGUUUCACCAUGCCAGACAGGUCUAUCUCCAUGUGACAAGAGGAGAUAAGAAGACUAACUUAGUUUGGUUAAAUCCUAUUAAUCACAAACUACCUUGUUCCUGCAGUGGGGAUGCCACUUUUAUUUACAUCACUGUAAAUUCAGAGAAAUUCUCUUGAAGACAGUGGAGAAAAUGUAGCUUUAUAGCAAUGUAAACAACAUCAGAGUUGAUCCUAAUACCUUAGUUUCUUCUCAGUGAAAAUCAAGGGAGGUUCGUUCUUUAAAGGUUCAAAGAAAACCAAUUGUCGUUUUCCACUGUAGAUCCAGUAAGAGGAACUGGUCUUUGACUCUUAACUCUAACACAAGCAGCCAGCAAAAAUGUCUCAGAGUAAAUACUCCUGUCAUCUGAAACACAUGAAAUGAGAAAGAAGCGUGGUGUGUAAGGUUGUUAGGUCAGCUGCUUCUUUCCCACCCCAGGAAAACAAUGAACGGAAGUGUUACCCUCUGGAUCUGAUCCAGUUUCCACUAAAGUCCAUGGAAAAAAAAAAUCUCACCUUCUCCAGUGGAAGCUGGAUCAGGCCUCAGGUGAAGAAAAACCUGCAGAUCUUGACCGGAGAGUGGAGCAAUCACACACAUCAGUAACGCGUUCCUGUAAAUCCUGUGUACGCAUAAGAUGCUGUAUAAUUUUGUAACAAGUUUGUAAACAAAGCCUGUAAUAAAUUUGUUAAGGUCUAAUUCUGCUUUCACUGUAGCCGGGGAUGGUUUUAUUGUCAACUUUGGUCGUGGCACAAUGAAUUCAAAAUUCCUAUCCAACUACUUGUUUGGAUGUGUUAAGUAAAUAAGUAAAAUAUUCAGCUCGCAACGCUUGUUUAAUUUAACCAUUCUAAAAAUCACUUCCAAUAGGCAGCUCAGAUGCUCUGUCAAUAUUGUUUUACCAAUGGAUCUUAUAAACACACAUUUUAUUUAGAUUUUCUCCCAGAUGACCAAAUGCUAUUCUGAAAUUGCCUGUCUGUGUCAAACUGUAUUUUCUCUGGUUUUUUUCCCCCUAGUUUUUUUACAGUCCAUUUAGUAACAGCAAAAAAUGCUCCACCGAGGUUUUGGGAAACCAUCUGCAUUUAUUUUAUCACCUUUGAACAUGUGUUCAGGAAUGAAGUCUGUGCAGCGAGUUUACUGCUACCAAGAGAUUUGUGCGGCUGCACCAGGAAGAAACUUUGACUGGACUUUACAGAGUGUGUGCUCAAAACCACUCUCCUCAUACUCUGUUACUUCCAUCCUUUAGCAACCCGAGUCCUUCUCUCUGCUGUACAUUGUGUAUCUGCAGACAAUACCAAACAGGAAACGAGCCUGAUUGGGAGUUUCAAAAUUAAAAAUUUGAUGAUAAUGACCUGCUAUUUCUGACCUUUCAGCGAAGCAAAAGCGCAGAAACAUUCAUUUCCUUUAAUAGAAACAUUGUGGCAAAAUCAAUAGGAUUCUGUGUUCUCCACGCUUGGUAAGCGUGUGUAAUUCAUCAUGCAUGUGGGGCAGGGGGAGGAGGAAGAGGAGGAGGAGGAGGAUAGGAUGAUAAGCACUACAGCUUGUGAGAAAUAAAAGGCUGUUCUCUGGCUUGGAGCAUUUUAAAGUGUGGAGAGGUUGUUCUCUGAAAUGCUUUGUCUGUAUUUUGUUACAGCAGAUGGCAGAAUGACGAAGCAAGCACAGAUGUGGUGUAAAAAAACCAAGCAAUACAAGGACAACAAAAAACUUUCCCGGGAAAGUUGGCCAUUCGCUACCACUGUAGGUCCAUGCAGCUCUGUGCAGGUUAUUGCAGAGCUCAGUAAUGACAUUCCUAGUUUAAUUAUGUAACUAACCUCUGUUUCUUACUUCCAUGAGCUGGAAAAUUUUUUUCCCUUUUUUUUUUUUUUUUUUUUUUUUUAUUGUUGUUGUGGUUGUUGUUUUGGGUUUUGUUUGGUUGGUUUUGUUUGUUAGGUUGGAUUGGGGGGUUUUUGUUUGUUUUGGGGGGGUUUUGUUGGGGUUUUUUUGUAAUCUCUCAUUGCCUUGGUACCUCUGGCAAACAGCAAACGGUAGUGCUUUGCAUGAAUGUUCCCAAAUAUAGAUUUCUCCUUUGUUUUAGUGCUGACCUUUGAAGGCAGCGGCACCUGAAAGCCAUACUUUCACUACGGAACUGGCCUUUUCAUGUCAUGACCUCAUGUUUCCGGACAUUUUGAUCACAGGGUCCUAUUUUGGAGCUCUUACCCACACAGUUGGAUGAAACCAUGACCAGGCUGCUCUAAAUCAUGGUCGAGAAGUGUCUGUGUACACAACAGACAAAGGAGCAAAGAGACAGUGGGGCAGCCCUGGGCCAUCUUCAAAUCCGCCUUCACACACCUUUCAUUUCUGAGCUGCAAGUUGCACAAUCAAGGGCCGGUGAUCAAAGCUUUCUUUCUGCAUGUCCCAGGGUUCAGAUGCCCAGUAGAUCAUAGAAUCAUAGAAUGCUUUGAGUUGGAAGGGACCCAAAGAUCACCUCACGUUCCAACUCCCCUGCCAUGGGCAGGGACACCUUCCACUUGACCAGGUUGCUCAGAGCCCCAUCCAACCUGGCCUUGGACACUGCCAGGGGUGAUCUUGGACAAAGGACAGUUUCUCAGUUCACUUUUUUUGCCUGCCCAGGAACAUGCCUUAUAUGAAUCUGGAUAGAUCUUCUGUAAAAGGAUGCUGUGGUUGCAGCAGAUCGAUUAAACCUCUCUAAAACACAGCAUGUUGUGACUCUUUAGCUGUGUCACAGGGAGGAGAGAGAAUCAUUGACAGACCAGCUCCAUUAUUUGUACAUUAUGUUGAGACCAUUUAACAGAAAACAUUAGUGCGUCCAGAAGAUGCUCCUAAGGAAGAAUGUAGGAUGUUCUUUUCCUCUAAACAAAAAUAUUUCACACCCAUGGAGGGUGUGAAAAAAGGAAAGUAAGUGCAGAAAAAAAUAGGGAGUCAAAACUGUUGGGUGGCAAACCUCUUGCAGAGAUUUAGGAAAGCAAAGGAGAAUUCAGCUGCUCAACAGUAACAUCAGAUGAAAGGCUCUUUCCUGCUAUGAUAAGGGUUAAAUAAAUACCAUUAGAUCAUCUGAAACAGUAAUUCAAAAGGAAAAUGAACCUCUAUUAAUUGGGGUUAAUCUCGCCGUGUUGAUGAGGAAUUAACCACGCUCACUGAGCACAAAUGAUGAAGCCUUGCUCUCACUUAUCCUCUGCAGUCCCCAUUGUCAGCACUUGGGAUGAUGAGGCUCUUAAGUGAGGGCAGAAUUUGGCUCAGAAGGUAUUAAAUCCAAAUUGAAUGCAUAAGGGGGAGCCUAAAUUGAAAGCAUUAUCUACCACACAACACAAGCCAAGGUUUUUUAACAUCAAUGUCAUAAAAAUUGUUCAUUACUUUGUCCAGUUUCAGAGAUUUAGGUUUUAAAAAAAGUUUUGAACUGUCUGGUAUGACCAGUACACACAUAUUUAGCAGCAAUUUACAAAAUAAAAAAAACCCUGUAAAUGGAAGUAUGCAGUAAAAUAUUGUCUAGCACUGUAAAUAACCUCUGUUGAUUCUUAUUUAUGUUCUCAGUGUCUGAGAAAGGAAUUUUAAUAUGAAUCUUGGUUUUGUUUUACACACCACAUUUUGUACAAUAACCACCUCAACUUACCGCUCAUAGAUGUUUGGUGUGCAGUCUUUGUGGAUAAUGAAGCAGAAACAUGGCUCUAAAGCUGCUGGGCAAUGUAGAAGUUUCAAGUCCCACAUUUGUACAGUAGACAGUGAAACCAAAUGUGUGAAAGCGACAGAAUUGGUUUCUCAGGCUCCGAGAUUAAAUAUGUUUUAAAAUAUCGAA